AUGUGGACAGAGAUUAGUGGACUGAUUUUUGAAUAUUUAAAGACUUGGAAACAACACACUCUUCUUUGUUUUCAAGUCAAGAAACACAGAGAACUAAUUGCACUUUUCAGUUCCUCUAGUGAGCGUUGCUACUUAAAAAGCUCAUUAAAGAUUCAAAGCCACGCAUUUUCUUCAGUCACGGACACGAGCUUGUACCCAAGGGUCAAAGUCAGAAAACACGAAGGAGAAGAAGAUGGUGAUCUUGAAUAUCUUUCUCCACCGAAGGGUAACUCGGAUUUACUCUUCUUGGAGAUCACUGAAUCUCCAUAUGUUCAAGAAAAGGAGAACCAAAGUGAUACACUAGAUUUAAUUGCCAGAAUCACAAAACCUUAUGUCCCAAACUUGACACCACAACCAAAUCCAAUCUCUGCUUCUAAAGUGAAGAAGAAAAAACCUCAUUCCGUUUCGCGCCCACGGGCAGUCUUAUCUAGUCCUGCUAAUGAUCUCAAGGUUGGAAAUGGAAAUAGAAUGAAGAUAAGCAAAGAAAGAUCUUUGGGUCUGAGAAAAUGCAAUUCUGAACCCAAGAAGAAGCAAACUCAAAACAAGCCCACUGCAAGUGCUAGUCAUGCUAUAGCAGCAGAAAGCUCUCUCUACUUGAGAAAAGGUGACUUGAAGGCUGCAACUGCUAGUAACAUAAUUGCAAAAUCCGAAGGACUCUCAAGCAAGGUCAAGGGUUGAUAACUUCAAUCGCAAAAUCCAUCUUAGUCUCCCAUAUACUUGUACAUUUAAGAUGCUAUAUUUUAUUAUUAAUUUUUGAUGUUUGCAUCUUGACUUCAAAAUUGUACAAGAGUAUCCAUGUAUUCUUAAUAUUUUCUAAAAUGCUUAUUUAUAUUCUCAAAA